UGCAAUGGUGUGGGCGCUGACUUCUUUACUGUUUUGCUUUCGUCUCCUCUACGCUGACCAAUCAGAAGAAGCUGUUGCGAGACACCGCCAAGAUCAGAUUGUGAGAGGCGCUGCUGUGAGCUGGGCUAUUAACAGAGUGCAUUUGCUACCUUGGAAGUGCACCGGAGUCUGAGUAUUGAGUGACAUAAAAUAUUUUUUUAUCCUGACACAGAACUUUGGGGUCAUGGCUAAAGAUGCUGGUCUGAUGGAAACAAAUGGAGAGCUGAAAGUUUUCAUCGAUCAGAAUCUUAGCCCUGGCAAAGGUGUCCUGUCUCUGGUUACUGUCCAGCCUACAGCUGCUCCCAAACAGCUUCUACCCAAAACCCUCGGACCGUCUAACGUGAACGUUGCUACACACAUGCAACAUGUGCCACACAUGGUGAUUGGAACACCGCAAAGGCCGACGGUAUCAAACACGAUUUUAGUUAACAGUCCACACACGCCAAGUUCCCAGUUCCUAACUCAGAGUCAGCCCGCUGAUGCCUCGCCCUGGUCAUCAGGAAAACGGGGUAAGAAAGGGGAGAAGAAUGGGAAGGGCCUGAGGCAUUUCUCUAUGAAGGUGUGUGAGAAGGUGCAGAAGAAAGGAGUCACCACCUACAACGAAGUGGCGGAUGAACUGGUGGCAGAAUUCAGCUCUUCAGACAACCACAUGUCUCCUAACGACUCGCAUGUGUACGACCAAAAGAACAUACGGCGGCGUGUUUAUGACGCGCUCAAUGUGCUCAUGGCCAUGAACAUAAUCUCCAAAGAGAAGAAGGAAAUCAAAUGGAUCGGCUUGCCCACCAACUCUGCACAGGAGUGCCAAAACCUGGAGGUGGAGAGACAGAGGCGACUUGAGAGGAUUAAGCAGAAACAAUCACAGCUUCAGGAGCUCAUACUGCAGCAAAUAGCCUUUAAGAACCUUGUAAAGAGGAAUAAAGAGACAGAGCAGCAAGCAAACAGACCCCCGCCUCCAAACUCCAUCAUCCACCUUCCAUUUAUUAUCGUUAACACCAGCAAGAAGACGGUCAUCGACUGCAGCAUCUCAAACGACAAGUUCGAGUAUCUGUUCAACUUUGACAGCAUGUUUGAGAUCCAUGACGACAUCGAGGUGCUAAAACGUAUGGGCAUGGCCUGUGGUUUGGAGGUGGGGAAGUGCUCUCCAGAGAAUCUGAAAAUUGCACGGAGCCUGGUUCCAAAAGCCCUGGAACCCUACGUUAUAGAAAUGGCGAAAGGACCCAUCAGCAAUGUCUACAUAACUGGAGGCUCUUCAGCUAAUGGAGCUCGUUACACUGCAAGUGACGGCUGCACCGAUGGCACCAUGGCAUCCAGCUCAAAUGACUCUCACUACAGCGGCUCUCGCGUUGAGACCCCAGUUUCUUACAUGGGGGACGACGACGAUGAGGACGAGUACGAGGAAAACGACGACGAAGACUAACUCGCCCACAGCUCGCCACUCCAACGAGCACAGUCCUUCAAAACCACAGUCAUCAUGGGAGUUGAACCCCACCCUUUUUGUGUGCGCUUCUUGAACCCCUCUGUCCCAUGCCUGUAUUUCUGUCUGGCUUUCUCAGGGCUGUAGAUGAAUAUUGAACAAGCAGAGGCGGCGUUUGCACCCGUAAAGCUCUGCUCCUGAAUCACGUGCACCUGCAGCACAGCUCUGGGGGAGGUGUGAUCCAAGGGAACUGUAGUUGUUUUCUGACUCGUCCACCCGAAAUCUUUGUAUGUCUAACCCUCUUUUUAAUAAGCCAUCCCUCUAUAAAAACACACUGCUGUUGGAGAAUGUAAAAUGUUUGAGUAGUUACUCCUUAUUUUUAUUUUUUUUUUGCGAUUAACCUUUGGCAGACAGACAUUAUGAUCAAAAUGUUUCCUAGUCUGCCUUAACAUGCUGUGUUUAGUACCCCACAGCGGGUCUUUAACGCCGUCCCUGACUGGGACUCCAUCCGACCCGUCUGUACAUUUUUUGUGUUCUGCACAGUGACUUCAGAUAGUUUCCCAUCAAGUUGGGUUGGCUUCCUCUUGUUCUGUAGGCAGCUGCUUUUUGAUCCUGAUUGCUAGUUUUGUUUUGUAUCUGUCGUUUGUUUUUGUAUUCCUGGAGUUGAGGAUUUUUUUUUU